UCUUGAAUCUCAUUAGAACCCCUACAAUUAUUUCCCUCAAAAUACCGCGGAAGCCGCUAAAAAUGAGCUAAAAAAAGAUAAGGUAUCACGCGUAAAAUAAAUAAAUAAGCAUCAGACCAACUUAUCUAUCAUUUUGCAUUUUAUUUAUAUAGAGGGAACCUUUAGCUCUUAUCAUUCCUUGCUGAUUCAAUGCAUAUUAGGGCCAACCAUCUUAUCUCACCCAAAUAAGAAAUCGCGUGAUCAGCCGUUUAUAUAACCAAAAAAGGGACGUCUAUAGCAAAUUCCCCCAGCCAAUAGGGGGACCUCUACCUUCUCUUUCUCUCCUCCCACACCCCCUUUUUUUACCCUCUCCGCUUUCGUCUCUCUUUUUCUCUUUUUACUCUCUUUAUUAGUUGAUGUCCAAUAUUGAAGAGCUCAACGUCCCUUUUGAUCCGUUUGCUGAUGUUGAACAAGAUAACAAUCAACAACCAGCCAAGAACAUCCAUUUGCGUGUUCAACAAAGAAAUGGUCGCAAGACAUUGACAACCUUCCAAGGACUUCCAGCCGAGUAUGAUGCCAAAAAGCUUCUAAAGACUUUCAAAAGGAUUUUUGCCUGCAGUGGAAUUAUUAUUGAACAUGAAGAACUCGGCAGUGUUCUGCAGUUCGCGGGCGAUCAACGUAUAAAGAUUGCCGAAUUUUUGGUAGCCGAAAAGAUCGCAAAGAAGACAGACAUUACUGUCCAUGGUCUCUAAGUAAUAAAAAAGAGUUUUCGUUUAAAAAGUAGCGUGUGAAUAUUUAAACAUGAUCAUCUUACUGAAUAUAUUGGCCCUCGCUCUAAUCUGUAUAAGGGUACUCUCGCAUCACACAAUGUACCACACAUACACCCACACAUAUACACACAGGCACUCAUUAUUCAUUAUCUUUUUAUCUUCUUUA